UCUAAACGUGGCCUGAAGAACACGUUACCCUGCUGUUUACUGAGCCUAGGGCUGUUGCAGAGAGAGGUGUAAUAUUUUAUGGCUCUUAUUUAAGGUUGGAGCUACAACAGUGACUGAAGCUAUGGGUGUGAUGAUCAGAUGAACUGCCAGUCGAUGUUGUUCAUGUCAGACUUGGUGGCUGUAAGUCUGUAGGAAUGGCUACAGCACAGUCUAGAGAUGCUCAGCUGCUGGAGUUCAUGCAAUUGUAUGAGCUUAAAGCCGCUUGUCAGGUUUGCACUCAUAAACACUCUCGCAUUUCCUACAGCAUCAUCUCAAAGACUCACCAUUGCACUCAAGAUCUACUGCUAGUAAGAGCAAAGGUCAACGGUCUCAGAUGGAGCCCUGUAUAUUGCCGGCCUUCUCACCCCCAACCUAUUCUAUAUAGAGUGUGCUGGUUUUUCAAGGAGGAUGUUGGGUGCAUUGUGCAUUGUGACUGCUGCACUUUUGCCAGUAGUAAAGAGGAAGCUGCAGUGUGGAACUUGCAAAAGCACACAAAUCUUGACCACAAAAGCUUAAUUCAUCUGAUCACUCAGAGAGAGCGAUUGACUAAACAGAACAGGAAUUCUGACAGUCAGUCAAGCUCUCAAAAUCUCCCAUCGUAUCAGGAGAAACUGCUGGAAGAGUACAGACGCAGCAGCAACGAGAUCCUUAUUAUCUCCGAGCAAGUGGAUGAUGUGUGUGUUACACAGGAUCAGAGUCUGUAUGUGGACUGUUUACAAACAGACAGUAAAAUCACAUGGAAAUUCAAAAUCAACACUGAGAGGUCCUUGGCUCAUGUGGCUCUGCUGAAAGAGGAGAGUGGUGCUGUUUUCUCUUUGGGUGACACCUUCCCAGCAGUCACACACACUGCAGGCCACCACCUGCUCUCAUCUCACUCCACUUAUGAGCUGAGUGUGUGUUUCUUGUCAUUUCGCCCUGGUGUGUAUGAGCAGUGGCUGGUAUUUGACUUUGAAAUGCGGCCAGUUCUGCUCAGGAAACUCAAGGUGAGAGUCAGUCAGCAGUUCCAUACCCAGCCAGAUGAGGCAGAAGAGAAGGAAUGUGCUGAGAUUCUUUCAAAUGAACGCUGGAACAGAGGCAACAGGGUCAUUGUGCCCUUCUACGCCAGGAAGGAUGAUGAGCAGCUGCUUAGUAAAUAUAAAUCACCCCAGAUAAAUCUCCAGUUCAGUCUCCAUUCAGAUCACAGUUCCCCACUUCACCGGGACAACUACAGAGAGAGAGCGCACAACUUCCUCUUCAAAGAGGAAAUUUCAGAAGAAAAGCUCAUUAGCAGAUUAAAUAUUUGUGGAAGAGUGUAUCUCUCAAACCAUCUGAAUGUAUCACAGUUUUUCGCUGCUCCAGGGAAGCUCUUUGCCACUCUCAAGGUCUCUUGCUCACUCACACCAGACUCCCCAGAAGGGCUGAUGCUGAAACGAGGAGUGCAGAUGGCAUUGGUUAACUCCUCAGCAGCAAAGGGCAACACUGGUGUGUCAGUGGAGAACAGAAACCGAGUCUACGAGGCAUUGGUGCUUAGGCAGGCUACCGACAAGGGUCACAUCAGUCUUGAGCUGUCUGUACCAUGUGUGUCUGAACUACAAUUGAAGAAAGAAAGCAGGUGUGAAAUGGAAGUUCAGUUUCAGCUGGACAGAAUGUGGUUCGGUCAGAUGCACCAGGCUAUUGACCUCCUACCAGACUUGCACUAUGUUCUGCCUGACCUCAGUAACUGUUGUGUCCCUGUGAACAUAACCAAACAGUCUAACCUGAACAACAAGCAGCAAAUUGCUCUGAACUUCAUCCUUGGUAAGUGUGCGGGUAGCAAGCGUGCUGCACCCUUGCUGAUAUACGGGCCGUUUGGCACUGGGAAGACACUCUGUCUCGCUACGGCAGCCCAAAAGCUGGCCAGCCAGUCCCAAACCAGAGUGCUCAUCUGCACUUAUACUAACAGUUCUGCAGAUUUAUAUGUCAGAGUGCACUUCCAUCCAUAUAUUACAAAUGGACAUCCAGACCUUAAACUACUCAGGAUAAAGGCAAACAAGGGUGGUGCCUCCAUCAUGGCAACCGAUGACAUCACUCUCAAAUACUGUCUGUGCUCUCACGAUGGACAGUCCUUCAUUCUCCCAGCACGCUCGCAUCUAGAGUCAAACCACAUCAUCAUUACUACCACAUCAAUGGCACGUCAUUUCUGUGAGCUGAAGCUUCCUGCAGAUUUCUUCAGUCAUAUCCUGAUAGAUGAGGCAUCUCAGAUGUUGGAGAGUGAAGCACUUAUGGCUCUGGGCUUAGCAGACAAACACACCCGAGUUGUGUUAGCAGGUGAUCACAUGCAGAUGGCUCCAAAACUUUUCUCUGUGACUGAUGAUAAACGAUCAGAACACACGUUGCUCAAUCGCCUCUUCCGCUACUACCAAGAUCAAUGCAGCGAUAUUGCCCAGAGAAGCCGAGUGAUCUUUAAUGAGAACUACCGUUCCACGUCAGAAAUAGUGGACUUUGUAUCCACUCACUUCUAUGCGAGCGAAUGCAUCAAGGCCAAAGGAGAUGUACCUCCACAUCCCAGGCUGCAUCCCCUGAUCUUCCAGCAUGUCAGAGGAGAAUGCCAUUUGAACUCCACCUCCUUGUCCUGGUACAAUUAUGCUGAAGUCACCAGCGUGAUUACUGUGAUCCAAGGGCUUGAGACUGAUUGGCCGAUGGAAUGGAGUGAAAGAAAACCAACAGAUAUCUGUGUUCUAAGUGAAGGCCAGCAGGUUGACAUAAUUAGAAGGCAACUCCGGCAGAAUGGAAUUCAUGGAGUGUCUGUACAGAAUCUGGCAAAUAUUCAAGGGAGGCAGUUCAGGGUCAUCAUCAUAACAACAGUUCAGACUAGAGACAGACUUUUUCAGUCAGAGUCAAGCUGCCUGGAGUUUUUUGAUGACAUUCGUGCACUGAACACUGCCCUAACCAGAGCUCAAUCCCAAGUUGUUGUGGUUGGAGAUGCUGGUGCUCUAUGUUGUUUCGGAAAGUGCUCAAAAAUCUGGAGAGCCUACAUUGAACAUUGCAUUAGCAAGGGCAGUGCCAAACCAGAUGAUUUGACCAGAGAUUUCCUACAACAGGAAAUGUUAGAUAUUUCUAAAUUUCAGAAGACAGAGCGGGUAGAAAAAUAUGAAAAUGAUGUACCUAUCCAGGCUGAAACUGAUCUUAUAUUGAAAGAGAUGAUGGAUGACUAUGAUCCUGAUGUGCAGGACUCUGAUUCAGAGAAUGAAAGUCAUGAAGAUUACAAGAGGGUUUUAUUCUCCCCCACUGAAAAGGAAGACCUGCUGGAGCUGGUCAGGAAUCAGCCUGCUAUCUGCAGGCAUGGAGAAUUGGUGAUGGAAGGAUACCAGUCAGGUUAUGUAAUACCUUAUGACAACCCAUCUGAACGGAUUUACAUUAGCGGUAGGAAAAACAUUGGCAUGUGUUUUCCUGGAGAUGAAGUUGUAGUGAAGACUGGCCCAGGACAUGAAAAUGGCCAUGUUGUAGGCAGAGUUUUAGGUGCCACAAAUAGGGCAGCAUCGUCCUCUGAAUUUGUGUGCUCCUUAGAGGUUGAAAAUUAUCAAAAACGCACACAGGUAACUGAUAAAAACUUUCUUACCAAGAUAAUGAUACCCCUCAGCAUCAACAACACCAAAAUAUGUGUCUUGGUUAGCAAGAAGUCUCGUAAUUUAAUUCCAAUAUGGAAACUUGUCAAGGAUAAGUGGACAUUGACAAGAUAUUUUCCUCUUGAUGAACACACAAAUCAGGAAUAUGUUUUUGUUGUUAAGAUUUUGUGCUGGAAAGAGCACUGUACCUUUCCGCUAGGCAAAGUUACGAACAUUGUACCAAUUGGGACAACUUUAGAGGAGGGACUACAGAUUUUGAAACUAGAAUACAACCUAGGUUCACCUCCUCUAAUGGAGGAGGAUGCAUUUUCAAAUAGAGAAAUUGACAAUAUUGAUGACAGCAAAAGAAGAGAUUUCAGAGGAGUACCAACCUUCACAGUUGAUCCAGCCAGGGCCAGAAACUUGGAUGAUGCCAUUAGUGUUAAAAACCAAUUGGGAAACUGCUAUGAAAUAGGGGUUCAUGUUGCAGAUGUGGCUAGUUUUGUGUCUAAGGACAGUCAUCUUGAUAAAGUUGCAAAAGAAUUGGGAGCAACUUUUUACAACCCUGGAGAAGACCAUACAUUCAUGUUCCCAGAACAUCUUACCACCAUCUUUUGGAGUCUUCUCCCAGACAAAGAUCGUAAAGCCAUUUCAGUCACUUUUACAGUGGAAAAGGAAUCAGGCAUUAUCAGAGAGAGAAACAUUAACCUCUCUGUGGUAAAUUCUGAAAGACAGUUGACCUAUGAGGAGGCUGAAGGUAUAAUAAGCCAGUGUGAUGGUGAGCUAAGAUUUGAUACAUUGGAGGACUGCAUCCGAGUGGCUUACGGUUUUGCAAGAACACAACGCAAAGCUAGACUUAAAGAAAACUGGAACUAUGCCCAACCUGAUAAACAUCGGAAGCCAGGGGAGAGAGAAGCUCAUUUGAUGAUUGAAGAGCUAAACAUAAUGUUUAACCAUGAGAUGGCAAAAUUUUUGACCAAGAACAUAAAAACGAAUCUCUGCACUAUUUUGAGAUGUCAAGCUCCUCCUAUAGCAGAGGAAUUAGAGAAAAUAAGUUAUCGUCACACUAAGCUAAUUCCUCUCUCCUCAUACCUGACAUAUCACAUUGACAGAAACCGAGUGGACCUGCGUAACGCAAUCACUUUCAACGUUUACUAUAAUCCUAACCCUGACACCAACCCCAGCCCUUUAUCAACCUACUUACAAGAUGCCAUCUCUGUCAGUGACUCUGAAUAUCAUUUUGAAAUUGGAGUUCACAAAGCAGAUGUCUGUGGGGACACUAUUCAUAAUUUGGGUGCACAAUCAAGCAUGUGGAGUUUGAAGCCAGGCCAAACUCUUCGGGCUAUUUCUUUACUUCUGAAAGUGGAAAAGAAGACAGGCAAAAUUGUCGAUCAAAAGUUGGUGCUUUCCUCCAUAAAGUCAAGCAGGCAAUUGUCCUAUAGUGAAGCUGACAGCAUCAUCAACCUGCCAGGUGAGAAUGAAUGGAUGACUGAUUCUUUGGAAGGCUGCAUCAUUGUGGCUAGCCGUUUUGCAUCUGGUCACAGGCAACAGAGACUAAAUGUGGACACUCCCAGUGCUGCAAAUGUUGAUUUACCAGAACACAGCAAAUGCAAGUUCAUGAUGGAGGAGCUGAAUCUAAUGUUUGAAGAAGCUAGUGAUCAACUUAUUAGUCAAGUAACUUCUUCCUCAAACAGCUUUAGUUGCCCAGUGACUGCUGAACCUGAAGUGAUAAGGAGACUGAAGAGAGAAUAUGAGAAGCUUGGGUCUAAACAUCUGGACUCAAGAAAUCAGCAGAACAGCGACAGUUUCAUCAUCCUAACAUCUGUGUGGAAAAAGAUUGAGUCAGCAGCUUUGAGAUGUGACUUUUACAAAAUGGCCGACCUAAUUUCUACAGAUGACCUCCAUCCACAGUUGCUUCCAGUGAUUGUUCAGUUGAAGGCCACCCUCAAAAAAGCUUAUUUCAUUCGUUCCCUCUCCUGCAAUGAGGCUUUAGUUGGGCAUUAUUCAUUACAUCUGGACUCAUACACGCAUGCAUCCUCACCAAUGCGGCGAUUUAUCGAUGUGGUUCUUCAGCGGCUCAUGCAUGCUGUUCUCAGUGAUCGUCCUGUUGAGUACUCACAGAAAGACAUUGACCUUUUGUGUGACAAGUGUAAAAGAGGCGAAACGAGGGCACAGGAGUACGAGAGAAAAGCUGAGUCGCUUUGUCUUGCUGUCAGUUUACAUAAACAGAGCACUUACAAAUUGGCUUUUGUCACUGUUGUUCAGCCCGAGAGCGAAAGUUUCACAUUAUCAUUUCCAUUUGACAAAGGGACUUUCCCUGACAAACUUCCUGUUAAGUACAGAGAUCUACAUCUUGAGGACCAACCAAUAUAUGACAGAAAGCAAAAACAAGUAAGGCUGACUUGGAAAAAACGGAUAUACUCAAUGAACAUGACCAAGAACCCGGUGAAGAACCCGAGAUUCUGUUCAGAGAUACAUCAGAGCACCUGGCAUGCCAUUGUUGAGGCAGUGAGAGUAGAACAGUGGAAAGAAGCGAAGUGCCUCAUAUUGGAGGCAGAUGUGAAAGAAAAUUACGAGGCUGAUGAAGUGCCAUUGGAUUUUAAUCACGCAUUUAUGUCUGAUGAGGAUCAUUAUACUAACCUAAUGCACUAUCUGAAAGCUGGAGACACUGUGCAAGUCCAGCUGACCUCAGAGAGGAAGAGAGGAUAUUGGGUGCCGACUGUACAAUUAUUGAGUGUGAGUUUAAGCUUUGAGGUCUGUGUGGAACACACUUGCAGUCCUAUUAAAUGCUUUUCCAAAUGUGCAAGUCACCCAUCCAAAGGUUCCUAUAUAAAUGUGGAGGAUUAUGUGCAGAUAUGGAAGCCCAUCUGUGAAAUGGAGUCUGCUGCAUCUGCUGUGGAUGAUAGUGAUUGUGUUGUGAUAGAGAAUGUACACAUAGCUUGGACCACUGCCUAUGGUGGUGCAAGAACUGGAACCUUCUCUCUGCCUGUAGAAUAUGUCAAAAAAUGGGCAAUCGAGUUUGACCUGGCCAAGUGUUUGCUCUGUAUUCGAAAAAGAGUUUCAAAGCCGCUCUCACUAGAUCAGUCCGAGGUAGAUCCAGAGUACUACACAUGGGUGGCCCAUGGCGUCACAACUCAAUGUUCGGAUACACCGGAAAACGCUCAGAAUAAGUCAAAAAUUAUUCACUUCAAAAUAAAUUAUGCAUCCAUGGACAUUCCAAAAGCCAAGAGUGAUCCCACGUUCACAGUGGAAGUGAUUCCAAAGCUCCCUCCAGACAUACGAAAGGAAAGUGCAGUGAAUAAUUUAACUAUGGCAAAUGAACUUGUUAAGAAUAUUGCACUAGGACACCGGAUUAAGAAAGAAGGUGCAGAACCAGUUGUAUCCCGUUACGAGCUCAUGAGAAAACCACUUGCAGAUCUGCCUCAACUAAACGAAAGCCAGUUUAAUGCUUUGGAACAUGCUCUGAAUGGCAAAUUCACCCUCAUUCAAGGCCCUCCAGGAACAGGAAAAACUGUUGUAGGAGCCUACAUAGUAUACUGGUUCUCUCAGCUGAACUCUAAGAAUCCUUGGAAGUUGAAGAACUUUAAAGACAAGAGAGAGGUUAUUCUGUACUGUGGACCCUCAAACAAGUCUGUGGAUGUGGUUGCAGAGUACUUGCUCAAGUUUGGGGAGGAGUUGAAGAUAUUACGUGUGUACAGCAGAAAGCUGGAGAUUCAGGAGUACCCCUACCCUGGCAGCAACCUCCAGUUUUCCCACAAAUCACUGCACCAUGAAAAGUCCAAACCUGAGCUCAGGAAUAUAGCACUUCAUCACAGGAUUCGGGGGAGUCACAACCCUUAUUCCCAGGCAAUAUUGGACUUUGAUGAAAGAGUCACCAAUGAACCUGAUUCACUCACAGAUGGGGAUAUAGAAUACUAUAAGAAGCUACUAAAAGAUGCACGUGUGUAUGAAUUGGAAAGGCAUGAUGUUAUUCUGUGCACUUGCACGGCUGCUGCCUCCCCUAACCUCAUCAAGACACUUAGUGCACGACAGAUCCUCAUCGAUGAGUGCGCCAUGGCAACAGAACCACAGACUCUUGUCCCAUUGGUCAGCUACAAACCUGAGCAGGUUGUACUGUUAGGGGAUCACAAGCAAUUGCGUCCAGUCGUGAAGAAUGAGCAUGUGCGAAGGCUGGGCAUGACGCGUUCUCUUUUUGAACGCUAUAUGGCUAGAGCACUACUGCUGGACACCCAGUACAGAAUGCAUGAAGAGAUCUGCAAAUUCCCAUCAGAGGCAUACUACCAUGGUAAGCUGAUAACUAAAGUAGUUGAACGGACCAGCAUGCUGCACACUGAGACUGAGAGAGUGAGACGAAGUAAACACACUCUGUUUGGAGACAUAAGAGGAGUUGAAAUCAGUUUGGUUGUUUCAUCUGCACGAGGGAACGAGAACUCAAAAGCCAACCUUGCCGAGGUUAAAAAAGCUGUUGAGAUUUGUGGGCAGCUGGUGUCAGUGGGCCAGGUGAGGCAGGAGGACAUUGCCAUCCUUUCACCAUAUAAUGCACAAGUGGCCCAGAUAAGAGAAAGUCUCCUUUCCACUGAUCAAAAACUCAAAAGAAUCACUGUCACCACCAUUACAAAGAGCCAAGGUAGUGAGUGGAGGUAUGUGAUUUUGUCGAUGGUUCGCUCCUGCCCCAGUGAAGAGAUUGAACCUAUGCCUUCCAGGGAAUGGCUCUCCAAACAAAUUGGCUUUGUAGGCGAUGAAAACCAGAUCAAUGUGGGCAUCACAAGAGCACAGGAUGGGCUAUGUAUUUUGGGUAAUCAAGAGUUACUGAACUGCAGCCCAGCAUGGAAGAAACUACUGAAACAUUAUUCAGGUGUUGGUUGUGUGGCCUCUGCAGACCAGAUAACAGUGCACCAUGUCGGCUAAACCAGAAGUUAUUUAAAUUAAUUUGUACUGAUCUUCUAGCAUUUUUGUAUUAAUGAUAUUGUCAUGGUUUUUUACAUUUGUAAUAAUGCAUUCCAAAUUCUUUACGUCAUCACAUGCCAUUUUACAAUUGUGUUCUUUGUACAUAUAUAAUCUUUAUUUAAGAUUAUACUAAUGGUAGCAUAUGGAUCCCACAAAAGUUCAAUGGGUUAAGAUCCAUAACACUCUUUUCCAAUGAUCUCUUGUCCAAUGUCUGUCUUCUCUUUACUGUUGUACAUGAAACUGGUGUUGAGCGGGUAGAAUUCAAUGAAGCUGUCAGCUGAGGACAUGUGAGGUGUCUAUUUCUCUAACUAGAGACUUGUUUAGUUGUACAUCUGGUCUUCCACAUCUCUUUCUGUCCUUUUGUCUUUGAAAACUGUAGUGUACACAUUUGUAUGAAAUCUUAAGUUGUUUUUUUUUUGGCAAUUUCAAGCAUUGCAUAGCCUUCAUUCCUCAAAACAAUGAUUGACUGACGAGUUUCUAGAGAAGUUUCUUUUUUGACCUAAUAUGUUUUUUAUUUUUUUAAAUAGUGAUGGUGCUGUUUUUUACAUAAUUAAUGUCCUGACUAUACUUUGUGAUCAGUUGAAUGCCACUUUGUUGAAUUAAAGUAACAAUUUCCUUCCGA